AUGUUCUCUUCGCCAACGUCGACGGUGGGUGAGCCGUUGGGCUAUGAUUUUGAGAAAGAAGAGAAUGCUGCCAAGUGGAAAGGAGUGUUUGUUAAUUCGCUCAGAAAGGUUCUCGAACAGGUUCAUCCCAGUCUAGAGGCUAGGCAGGAUGCUCUGGACUACGUUGAGAGCCUCAUUCUGAGAAUGCUGGGCAUGCUCUGUGGGCAGCCACCACCUCAUACACCGCAAGACGUAGAAGAAAGGGUAAGACGCACGUUUCCUACUCCUAUUGAUAGAUGGGCUUUGAAAGAUGCGAAAGAAGCUUUAGAGAAGGGCAAGAAGAAGUCGCCGCUAGUUCUGCCAGUCGAUAAAAUUCAUCAGCUUUUGCAAAAGGAAGUUUUACAACAAAAGGUUGAUUGGCAAGUCACUCUCUUUGUUGUGGGAGUCUUAGAGUACAUUUCAGCUGAUAUUUUGAAGCUUGCUGGUAAUUAUGUCAAAAAUAUGCAUCAUGUAGCAAUUUCUUAUGAAGACGUUCGAGUAGCUAUUGACGCAGACUCGGUACUAAUGGAUAUGUUUCACCAAGAUGAUUGUGCUGAGGGUGCUCAGACUGGUUUGGCAACAGUGGUCUCCCAAACCUACGAAGAAUCUGUUCGCGAUCUUAUUCAUGACGAGCGACAUUACUUGAGAGACUUGCACAUGAUAAUUAAAGUAUUUCGCGAAGAAAUAAUGAAGCUUACACAAGACCGUACCGAGCUUGAGAUGCUCUUUAGUAAUAUUAUAGAUAUCUAUGAGACCACAGUAAAUUUGCUAGGUAGUUUAGAGGAUAUAAUGGAAAUCACAGAGGAAAAACAAACUCCUACAGUUGGAUCUUGUUUUGAAGAACUAGCCGAGGCAGAGGAAUUCGAUGCUUACAUUAAAUAUGCUAAAGAAAUAAACAGUCCAGCUUGUCGGGAUGUUCUGACAAGACUGUUGUCUAGACCCGAAGCCAACGCGGCCUUGCGUGCCGCUGGACACGGUUUCAGAGAAGCUGUAAAAUAUUACCUGCCAAAGCUUUUAAUGCAACCAGUGUGGCAUUGUUUUUUGUAUUUUGAUUAUAUAAAGGUGUUACAAAAACGCACGCCAAGUAUAGAAGAUAGAGAAACUCUAGAGCAAGUGCAAGGUCUUCUCAGACCACUGCAAUUAAAUUUACAAGACAUUUUGGACACUUACAAAUGCAAGCGUGACAGCAGCUUGCGAAUGCAGAGUCGAGCUCGUAGGCAAGCCGCUCUUGAAAAAACUAGCGAAAUGCAAAAAACCGUCGACGGUUGGGACCAGAGAGACAUUGGGCAAUGUUGCAACGAGUUUAUCAGAGAGGACAUGCUGGGAAAAGUAGGUAGUAACGGGCGUCGACUAACGGAGAGGAGAGCUCUGCUCUUCGAUGGCCUUCUAGUUUUGUGCAAACCAAGCAGUGGCAAGAGAGUAAGCGUGAGUGUGGCAGCGGUUGCAGUCGGUAGCAAUCAUUCUGCCCACCACCAGAAUGACCUAAGACUGAAAGAACGUUUUUUCAUAAGAAAAGUGGAUAUAAUAGACCGAGAAGAUACCGAAGAGCUGAAGAAUGCCUUUGAAAUAGCACCUAGAGAUCACCCAAAUGUCAUACUCGUCGCCAAGUCUGUGGAGGACAAGAACAGUUGGAUGGCUGAUCUCGUGAUGCUCAACACUAAAAGUAUGCUCGAACGUACACUAGAUAGUAUUCUCUUAGACGAAGAAAGGAAGCACCCAUUAAAAUUACCUCCGCCUCAAAUGUACAAAUUUGCUGAGCAAGAUAGCCCAGAGAAUAUCGUUGUCGAAGCUAGGGAAAACGGCGGCGUACCUCUCAUCAAAGGAGCAACAUUAGUAAAACUGAUUGAGCGAUUGACGUACCAUAUUUACGCGGAUCCUGCUUUUGUACGCACGUUCCUUACAACAUAUAGGAGCUUCUGUUCGCCUCAAGAACUUCUAAGUCUUCUGAUUGAGAGGUUCGAGAUUCCCGAUCCAGCGAAAGUUUAUGACGACGAAGAGAGACCAACAACUGGUUGCAAAUCUAUUCCUAGAGAAGAUUUCAAGCGUUAUCGCAAAGAAUUUUGUCAACCUGUACAAUUCAGAGUUUUAAACGUUUUGAGGCACUGGGUGGACCACCACUUUUAUGAUUUUGAAAGAGACAAAAGCCUUUUAGAUAAAUUACUAGAUUUUUUGAAUACUGUAAGUGAAAAUUGUAAAUCUAUGAGGAAAUGGGUAGAUUCAGUGAUGAAAAUUGUACAUAGACGAUCAAACGAUUCGUCGGAACAGCGACCGAUCACAUUUAGUUUCGAGCGAUCUCCACCACCAAUCGAGUGGCAUUUAAAAGUUCCAGAAGACGAAUGGGGAAUUUUGACAUUGCACCCUAUCGAGUUAGCGAGACAGUUAACGUUGCUAGAAUUCGAAUUGUAUAGAAAUGUUAAACCCUCUGAAUUAGUAGGAUCGGUGUGGACUAAGAGAGACAAGGAAAAGACAUCGCCUAAUCUUUUGAAAAUGAUAAAGCAUACGACGAACUUUACAAGAUGGCUCGAGAAGAACAUUGUUGAAGCUGAAAAUUUUGAAGAAAGAGUAGCAAUAGUUUCUCGAGCAAUCGAAAUAAUGAUGGUUCUACAGGACCUCAACAAUUUCAAUGGAGUUUUAGCUAUAGUUAGUGCCAUUUUUUCUGCUUCGGUCUAUCGAUUACAAUGUACAAUUCAACAAAUGCAGCGUGUAGCGCGUUUAGAUAAAGCUUUAACCGAUGCUCAGGAGUUGAACAUCGAUCAUUUUCGUAAAUAUCAAGAAAAGUUACGCUCUAUAAACCCACCUUGUGUGCCCUUUUUCGGAAUGUACCUGACCAACAUCUUACACAUAGAAGAAGGUAAUCCAGACUUUUUACCGGAUAGCCCGUUGAUUAACUUCAGCAAGCGGCGAAAAGUCGCAGAGAUCAUAGGGGAGAUUCAACAGUACCAAAAUCAGCCGUACUGUCUGUCAAUCGAACCAAGAAUACGUCGCUUUAUUGAGAAUCUAUGCCCAUUUGAUCCCGAAAUGUCAGACGCCGAUAUUAGCACAUACUUAUACAAUAAGAGUCUGGAGAUUGAGCCGCGAGGAUGCAGACAGCCGGCACGAGUGCCUCGAAAAUGGCCUGAUUUAAAUCUAAAAUCACCGGGGAUCAAAGCUCGAAGCUUGAGUGGAAAGUUACCUGCUCCACUUCAGGCGGUAGCAUCUAGCGUUAGGUUACACGAUCCACCAACGAUGUCACAAGAAAUAUCAGCUCCUUCGGACCUGCCGGAAACCCCACCCCAUGGCUCAUCGUUUUCUUCGACGACCAGUGAUUAUAGUGUCUUCGCGCCAGUACUAUUAGGAAGCAUGAACGCCCCUUCUCCGGGCUCGCCAGGUCCAGCAUUAAGCAUGUCCAGUUUAUCUCUGGGUUCACCGGGUAACAGUCCACAAUUAGGCUCGCCGGGACAUUUGCCAACGCACCACCAGCAGUCCUCUUCAUACGGUGGUUCCUCGUCCACGCACUUUGGCUUUAACUCGGGGACGAUUGGCGCAAUGAGUGGAGCCCUAGCCUGUCUGGCCUCUUCCUCUUUAGCUGGUAGUCCAGGAGCUGCCUCGAUGAUGCCACCACCCGCGUCACCUAGCCAUAUGCCACCAUUAGGACAACCGCCGCCGCCUCUGCCUCCGAGGUCGCAUCGUAGACGAGAGAGUUGUCUUGGUGACUCACCACAACAGGCUCGACAAGCACCUAAUGCUCCGAUGUUGCCUCCCCGCGAGGGUAUAUCUCCACCUCCGUUGCCUCCUCGUCGAGAAGUGCCCUCGUCGAACAUACCGCCUCGUUUUCCAGCCACUUUGAACCCCAGUAGUUCGGCGCUUUUACUCAGGCGAAACUCCACCAUGGAAAACUCCUGCCCCAUCAACACAGGUCAUGCGCGGAGGCACAUGUCUUUUAAUGGACCCAGUCCUACACAACUUCCACCUUCUCAGCCUUCUAAUGGAUCAGUCACGCCCAGAUUACCGCCAAAGCCCCAGAUACCGGGAAGAUCACCUGCGACCAUGUUUAACUUUAAUGCUCCACCAGGGUCCAGCUAAUACAUCACUCUUGAUGUGUAGAUGGGAAUAAUAAGAAAGACUUUGUCGAAGAUCGUUUCCUAGUCUAAGUGCGUAAGGACUGCUCAUCACAGUACGUGCACAUCCCGACGAAUAUAUGAAAGACUGCCGAAAGUGACUGGUGUGCGCGAUCGUGUCUCGUGUAUGUGUGUGUUUCUCUAUGUACGUGAGUGUGCAUCUCAGUAUAAUCAAGUAUGUAUAUGUAUUUAGUAAAAAUUUUUAGCAGCACUUCUAUCUAUUAAUCGUAAAUUCGCAUUCAGUAAUAGAACUCUUGCAUCUCUUUACACUGAUCGAUUUGGUUAUUGUCGGUAAAUGAUUCUCAAGUUACCUUUCGUUUUAUCGUAAGCAGGCGAUGCAUCGAUUUUUUGCUGACUGUAUUUGAAUGUGUCUGCAACUAUACACACCAGACUUUUAGAUCGAACCACAGCGAUGAGACGAUUUCGCGACAUUCCAUAUUCAUGCAACGUAGCCUUGGACGCGCCCUGACGAUUUUAUUGAAAAGUUUUCUUUAUAUUCUUCCUCUUUUUUUAAAGCGUGUACAGAUCAUUUUAACAUGUACAGUAUCUUUUUAGAUACUUUUUACAAGUAGUAUAUCUUGGAUAGUUGUAAGCAAGAGAAAAAACGAGGCGACGUUAUCUUUCAUCAGCAGCCUAUUGUCGCCCAGAAGAAGCAAUGAGUAGAAGAGAGCGAGAGAGAUAGCGAUAGAGAAAACUACGUAUGUGUCUGUGUGCAAAAUGGGGCAUGAGCGAAUGAAAAAGAACAAACAAGUGGUUAAUUGAAUGAAAGAGAGAAUGACUGAAAGUGAAAUAUAGUGCGCGCGCGAGAGAGAGAGAGAGAGAGAGAGAGAGAGAGAGGCAAGGUCGAAUUAAUUUCUGCACGCAUCUUUUCCAACGUAUCAUUCGAUGCACGCACUUUUAAAUAACGCUGAAUUUGCAUGUCGUUAAUAUCACCGCCAUCAUCUUCGCUGUCAUUGUCAUUUGUCAUUAUGAAAUAUGUAGAAAGUUUUCUAUGUAAAAAUCAGUCUCAGAACUACGAAAAUACCUUUGAUUCA